AUGGAUACGCGAAAGAGGAAGAAGAAGGUCUUGCUGAUGGGUAAGAGUGGCUCAGGCAAAUCGUCGAUGCGCUCGAUUAUCUUCAGCAACUAUGUCGCAAAGGACGUUAGACGACUCGGCGCAACCAUUGAUGUGGAACACAGUCAUGCAAAGUUCAUGGGCAACUUGACGCUGAACCUGUGGGAUUGCGGAGGGCAGGACGCUUUCAUGGACUCCUACCUCAAUGCGCAGCGCGAAAACGUCUUCUCCGACGCCGAAGUCCUCAUAUACGUCUUUGACAUCGAAUCUCGGGCGGUGGACCAAGACCUCGAGACAUAUAGCCAGGUGAUCAAGGCAUUGAAAGAAUACAGUCCUAAUGCCCACGUCUUCUGCUUGGUUCACAAGAUGGACCUGGUACAGAGCGAACAUCGUGAGAAGAUAUAUGAAGAAAGAUGUCGAUUGAUCAUAGCCCGGUCGGAGGGUCUCAGCUUGGAGACUUUCGCGAGCAGUAUCUGGGACCAGACGCUCUACAAGGCUUGGGCCGGCAUAGUCCACAAGAUGAUCCCGAACUUGGUGGUGAUAGAACGUUUUCUGGGAGCCUUUGCCAAACAGCUCAAAGCCGAGGAGAUAGUCCUUUUCGAGAGAUCUACAUUUCUGACCGUGACGAACGUGGUCACGCAAUAUGGCGAGGAUAAUCCCAACGUUGACCGACACGAGCGAAUAUCGAACAUCAUGAAGAGCUACAAGCAUACAGCGGCAAGAAAUACCAGAACCACAGCGGCAAGUGCAGGGUUCUUACUGUUCAAAGUUCAGACACCUCGCUUCAAUUGCUUUCUGGCGAGAUUUACGGAGAAUACCUAUAUAUUUGUUGUCAUUCCCCCCGGCGAGGCGGCGUUCAACUGUGCGGUCUUGAACACGAUGAUGGCAAGAGACGCGUUUAGCAAGAAGACCGGCGUUGAAGGAUGA